AUGAGUUACCGAUCAAUCUUCGACGGCGUCCUUAGAACCGAAUUCGAAAAGGCUGGAAUCAACACUCACUUCAUUCAUACUAUCUGGAAUAGGCGUUUGUGUUGAAACCCUAACUGCGAAUGAACGAAAUCCCAUCUUUACCCCGGCUGCUUACCCUCUGCUUCGCCUAAAUUCAAGCCUCUCACUUCCACUCUUCACUCCGCCAUCAAAUCCAACGACAGCACCACCAAACUCCUCGUCAAGCUGCAGGUAUUAAACUAACGCUUAUCUAUUUUUUGUAGGCUGUGAUAAUGAUAUGAUACUCGUUUGGGGAAAUAUUGUGGGAAACCUCGCCCUGGCGGCCCUAGGUCCACCUUAUGUCUUAAGAUUUAUUUUUUCUUUAAUCAUUUGUUUACGGUUGGCUGUAAAAUGGGUUGCAAUUUGUGCCACGGGAACUAUGGGUUUAAAAGCAAUCUGUCAUCUGGGGAAAUUGUGGAGCAAUUGGUCCAUGCCUCUCGCUUGUCGAAUAUACGCAAUGUUGUUUUCAUGGGAAUGGGGGAACCGUUGAAUAAUUAUGCCUCUUUAGUGGCUGUUCGUAUCAUGACUGGAUUACCAUUUCAGCUGUCACCAAAGCGAAUAACGUUCAACGUAAGUAUUGUUGGCAUUGUUCAUGCUAUCAAUAAGCUUCACAGUGAUCUACCAGGUUUGAACUUAGCUGUGUCCCUUCAUGCACCAGUUCAAGUCCGUUGCCAGAUAAUGCCUGCAGCACGAGCUUUUCCUCUGGAAAAACUUAUGGUGCUUCAUGCAUAUCAAAAACAGAAAAUAUUUAUUGAGUACAUCAUGCUGGAUAAGGUGAAUGACGAAGAGCAACAUGCUCACCAACUUGGCAAAUUACUCGAGACAUUUCAAGUGGUUGUGAAUUUGAUAUCUUUCAAUUCGAUUGGUACUUUAAGUCAAUUCAAUACGAGCAGUGAAGAGAAAGUAUCAAGCUUUCAGAAAAUUCUCAGAGGUACAUAUAACAUCCGGACAACAGUUCGUAAGCAAAUGGGUCAGGAUAUAAUGGGAGCAUGUGGUCAGCUGGUGGUGAAUCAGACUGACAAGAGGUCUGUUGAGAAUACCAGUCGCAUGACUGACAUAGAGGAUUUUGGUCUUUGAUUAUCCAACUCUAACUCCCUUUUAUCCUCCAUUUUUGUUUCUGUUUUGAUUUUGCUGGUAUUUUUGAUAGUGCACAAUUGAUGAAAGCAUUUGAAAUCUUCUUACUCUAGAAUUUAAUACCUUGUAUCUGUAGUUGUUAGUAAUUAUAAAAAUCAGUUGCAAUUUAUCACAUACCUUGUUCAUACCAGCAAACUGUUUUGACAUGCUUAAAAUACAUUUUGGAGUGCGUCCUUUUUUGAU